GUUUGAACUUUUAAAUUGUAGAGAUUUCUCUGAAUUUCUAGCAAAAAGAAAUCAUUUUUACAUGGAUAACAAAAGAAAACCCAGCUUUUAAUGUAGUUCCCUGCAGAACUGACAGCUAUUCUAAAUUUUCGGAAACCAUGGCAAGACAGCGACUUCUCGGCUCGAUCCUUUCCAAAGGCGGAGCCCAAGUGCUGCGAAACUUCCAGUCAUUUGUCCAGGGCACUCGUUUGGAGUAUGUCUCCUACACCUCGCCGCGCAAUCAGAUGCAGGCGCCACCAAUUGUGGUGAUGCACGACCUCAAUCUGUCACUGGAAUCCUGGCGCCAGGUAGCUGUUAACCUCAGUCAGGUUGGAUUGCGCCAGGUGAUCACCGUGGAUGCUCGGAAUCAUGGCCUUAGUCCUUACAUAACCGGGCAUUCGCCAAUGCACCUGGCCGCCGACGUGGAGGCCCUGAUGAGCCACCAGAGACUGAACAAGAUCGUUGCACUUGGACAUGGAAUGGGCGGUCGGGCAAUGAUGACACUGGCACUCACUCAGCCGCAACUCGUCGAGCGGGUCAUACUGGUGGACAUCACACCAGCACCGGUGCCCAGUAACUUCUAUCUCACUCGGCAGGUGUUCGAGAUGAUGCUCCAGGUGGCGCCCAGUAUUCCCUCAAAUCUAUCACUUUCCGAGGGGCGUACGUUCAUCCUGCCACUGUUCCAGGAUGUGGUCCACGACGCCUCCGAGCUGCGUCGCAUUAUUUACAAUCUGCGCAAGAUGCAGGACAACACCUUUGGCUGGGCAGUUAAUCCCCAGGCGGUCCUAAGCUCCUGGGGGGAGAUGAUGAUCAAUUACGAGGCCACUUUGGGCGGACUGCGUCCCUACAUGGGCGAAGUCUUGCUCAUAGCCGGUUCCCAGUCGGAAUUCGUGACCACGACCAGUAUUGCCGUGAUGCAGAGAUACUUUCCAAAUACAGUGGUACAGAUUCUGGAUGCUGGACACUGUGUGUAUGAGGAUCAGCCGGAACAAUUUGUUGAACUAGUCGUGGAGUUUACUCAAACAUGCUUAGUAUGUUGAAGAAACACCUAUUUGGUUAUCGUUUAAAGUGACUUUUAUAUAAAAUUGGCAUUGCUAUAUUGGCUGAUAUUUCAGCACUCAAUAUACUCCACCGAUAAUUGCGCUGUCAGCAGAAUGGAAACCGCAGAAAAAAAGGGCUGAAUGGCAUGACCAUUUGUGGCGGGCGGGCUGUUGCCAAAAUCGAUGGGAAAUCAACGUGGCAGGCAAUCGAACCGAUACCGAGUACCCGAUACAGGUGCUCCAAGUGGAAGCCAGGAGGUUUGGCACACAAAGGCCAAUCCCUCAACCCGCCAAUUUGCCAAUAAAGCAGCUGAAGACGAAGGUGAGGUGAAAUGCGCCACAAUGCGAUACAAUUUAGAUUUAUAUGCUUUGUCUGAUUUAUUUGUAUUGGACGUGUGGGCGAUGGAGACGUCUGUCUGACUGGCUUUUGUGUGUCUGCUCGUGCCUCAAAAGUCGAUAAUCUGUGUCCCGGCGAGUGGGGUGCUCAUCUACACCUCGGAGCAGCUCUUAUUGCUGAAAUUGAGUCAUGACUGAGAUUUGAAUGUGCAAAUGUACACAGCAGCAGCGACUUGAAGUUGUUUGCCCAAACUCCGUGCCUUUGUUCUGGCUUUAAUGAGGAUUACGUGAAAUUUCAUUAUGCUUCGUAAUAAAUAAGUAGCAAGUCAAAUAAACAGGGACUGGCAAACACACACACAUUCCCACACACUCCGCAAUGAAUGUACAUACCAUCUCAACUGGAUGUGCGUACGCACUACGUACCG